ACAAUGAGACUCUCUUGGAUUAUCGUCGUUUCUGGUCUUUGCACCACAUCCUUUACCUAUGAGACCCAACAGGUCAUGGGUGGGCCCGAACUUGGCAGGCUACACCUCGGCAGCAACGAGUACAAGUGCGAGAAUGGCAAGCUAGCCAAACCGUGGUAA